CACCACCACUACCAUCAAAGCUGGUGAGUUUUUAUGGUUUAUUUGCUUCACCUAGAAUCUUCCCCUCUGCAAUUUAACUUUUUUCCCGAAACCCUCAAUCUUGUAGAGUGCAUAUAGUAAAGCCUACUCACACGCUUUUUUCUCUUUCUCAUUUUCCUGCCAUUUCCUAGUCCUCUUCUCUUCCCAGCUUCCCAUCCCAUCAAGUUGAAUCAAUCGCAGCACACGCCGCCUUUGUUUGAAAACUUGCCUGCUCCCGAAUAUCGGCAACUCACCAUAUAUUUUUUUGCCAAUUGCUAACAGGGCCUUGCAACCACCACAACAGAAUUCCGCAUCGCUCGCAAGCAGUCGUGUCUCUCAACCCUCGCCAUAGUGGCAAUGACGAAUCAGCGACUCGUCGCUAACUCAAAUGUCGAUGCGUCCGCAAACCCGCGAUCUGUGCCAUCACAGGCCCAACAACGUCCCACAGGCAGUCCACAGUUAGGUGCUGCAAAACCCAAAGAUGGCAGCGCAUCACCACCUACGCCGACAUCCUCAGCUGGGAGCAGUAUGACGUCCUCCCCAUUUCCGCUUCUAGAUCCCAACAUCAUGCCUCCUCCUGCUCUUCUAUCCAAUCCCAAUUUCGGUCUCUCGGCGCAUCCCUCGUCUCUUGCCAAUGCACUCCGCGCCAUCGACAAUGGAGCCAACACUGCUUCCCUUCCUAUUCGACGAACAUCUUCCACGGAGGGCUCUCCCUAUACAAAGAGCAUAUCGUCAACAGCCCCUGCCUCGCCUAGGAUACCACCUAUUCGACAGAAUUCCGGCUCCGCAACGCCACGAGUGCGGCCACAUGCAACAACUCUUAGUAUCCCGGGUAUGACCCGGUCGCUCGUCUCUCCUGACGGAAGAAUUGCCGACCGGGAUGUCGCCGCAAAGCUGGUCAUAGUCAUGGUUGGACUUCCGGCUCGAGGCAAAUCUUAUAUCACCAAGAAGCUCCGUAGAUAUCUGGCUUGGCAACAACAUAAUACCAAGAUUUUCAACGUGGGUAAUCGUCGUCGCAUCCAGGCCAACGUGCUAUCCCCAAAGGCGGUACCACAGAAUCCAAUAGAUGCGCCCAGAGAAGCCACAACCGGCCUGUCGAAUGGGGUGCAGACAAACCCGGAUCCUUCCACAACUGACAAGCCCUCGGAACAAAAUCACGAAAGCUCGUCCCAUACAGACCACUCAGCCAAAUUCUUCGACCCCAAAAAUCAAGAGGCCUUCAAACUCAGGGAAGAAAUGGCCAUGGAAACGCUCGAUGAGUUGCUGGAUUAUGUACUCAAUGGUGGUGGCUCAAUUGGUAUUCUCGACGCAACAAAUAGCACCAUCGAACGCCGCCAACACAUAUUUGACCAUAUUAAGGCCCGCGAGCCCAAACUAGGGAUUCUAUACAUCGAGAGUGUUUGCCAGAAUCCCGAGCUUUUGGAAGCGAAUAUGCGUCUUAAAUUGUCGGGUCCUGACUACAAAGACAAGGACCCGGUCAAAUCUUUGGCAGAUUUCAAAGAACGGGUCAAGGCGUAUGAAAGUGCGUAUGUCCCUCUUGGAGACUACGAGGAGGAGCAUGGAAUGCAAUACAUCAAGAUGAUCGACGUUGGCAAAAAACUCACACACUUCGGAUUAGAGGGUUUCCUUAGUACUGGAAUCGCUACAUACUUGUCAUCUUUCAACCUGUCACCCCGGCAAAUAUGGAUUACACGUCACGGUCAAUCUGUGGAUAACCACCUUGGAAAAAUUGGCGGCAACUCUGAAUUGACGGACCGUGGCUAUCUUUAUAGUCGCGUUCUGUACAAUUUCAUCACUCAAAAACGGCAAGAAUGGUUGAUUGAUCAGAAGAACAAAAUCGCGCAAUCAUCUUUCCCUCCUCUACCUGGCGACAAGUCACCGCCAUAUCCAGUAUUAAACGAGGAACUGGAUAAGAACACUUGCGUAUGGACGUCGAUGUUGACUCGCAGCAUACAAACAGCUCAAUACUUUGAGGCAGACGAUGACUAUGAUGUCAAGAAUUGGGAAAUGCUCAACGAGCUGAAUGCAGGAAAGUUUGAGGGCUUGACUUACGAGGAAAUUGCUCGUGAUCACACUGAUGAAUACACUAAGCGCCAAAUGGACAAGCUCCAUUACGUCUAUCCCGGGGUAGGAGGUGAAGGAUACUUGCAGGUAAUCAGUCGCCUUCGAGAUAUGGUUCGUGAAAUUGAGCGAAUCAAAGAUCAUCUCGUCAUCAUUGGCCACCGAUCAGUUUGUCGAGUGCUCAUGGCGUACUUCAUGGAUCUUACCCGAGACGAUAUCGCGGAUCUCGACAUGCCUCUUGGAGUGGUCUACGUUAUCGAGCCGAAACCCUAUGGCAUUGAAUUUCACGCAUAUAAAUACAACGAAGCGGCACAAUGGUUUGACGAGAUUCCAGAUUAUAGACCUCAGAAAACAGUCGACCGACAUGCUUAAACAACUAUAUUUUGGCCACCACCUAGCAGGGCCUCAAACCAGUGUAUAUUACUAGAACAACGGUGUGGCGUCAGUUGCGGGAGUCAAAAUACCACGGAAUAAACGGGACAUAAGGAUUGUGGGUUUCGAUAGGGCGACCUAUGCAAUGAUGGACUCGGUUAUAAGAACGGCACUAGCCACUGCAUUGCGUUGGAGUCUGGUGUUUGAAAGGGCUUUUGCGUUUCUGAAGACGAGCGCGUCCGUUCAACCGGCAAUAGACUGAAUGUACCAUGUUGAUUUUGUCCUAGGGGGCUGCUGUAAUAAUUAUCAGUUGUACGUACCUCCAUAAAGCGCCCACGGAUGGGUGAAUGCAAGGAGUCUGAUUUGUCUUGAUGCACAUGCCCGCAAUGUAAUAACUUUGUGACAUCUAAUAACGCACGGAUUAAGCGUGUGCACCAAUGCAUAUAUUUAUUU